ACAAAGGCAGGAUGAUCCUGUGGCAGUGCAAUGCUGGGGAUUAAUUGGCUCAGAGCUGUUCUGAGAUGUAAACUAAGAGUUGGUUGUUCACAGCGCUUUGGGGCCUGAUUCUCAUCCUGAACUACAUCUCCACCCUGCCAAAUUUUUUCUGCCGCUACACAGAAGGAUGUGUUUUCAGCAAAGGCUUCCAUGUAGAAGACUGAAAAAAAUUAAAUAAGAAGUAACUCCAAGCUUGGAAUGGUGCUGCCAGGGGGAAUGUUUACAAGGAAGCAGCCUGACAAACAAGGAAAAUCGGUGAGUUGUAAAGAGGUGAAAUUGUACAGUGUGGCAACAAUUCCCAGCUUGUCAGAGCCUCACAGUGGUCACAGCCACCUCAGGCUGACUGCAGGAUCUCCGUUUUUACAGGCAGCCUCAGGAAGCCAGGCUGGACUGAAAAAGUAACGGAAUUAUGUGGAACUUGUCUGAGUCACUGACCCUACAUCUCCACAAGUUCUUUCAGGGCACUGCCGUGAAGGAGGACAGAAGGAGGCUGCAGCUGAGAGAUCUGCCCUUUCUGGUCACCAAGGGUUUCAGAUCUCCUCCCCUAGCCUCUCCCAGUCUUUUGUACUUUCUGUGUUAAUCCAUCCAGUGCAGCAUACACUGACAGAGGCAGGAGCUGGAAAGCCUGCUCUGAAAGCCUCUGAAUGCAGCUGGACCAGCCGCAGGCAUGAAUUUGAAAACCGUGCUCAUCCUUCUUGGUCUGGCGUUAGCCACGAUAUUCGCUUUGGUCUGCGUGCUGCUGACCAGGGAAAGGAGCCCCAGAAGCUGCCAACAGCUGCCCCCAGAGCAGGAGGAGGUGGAGGAUGGCCAGAGCCUGGUGUUUGCUGACCUGACCCCCGAGGAGAUGUCCCAGGUGGUGCGGUACCUGCAGGGACACCUCGGGGUGCCGCUGGUGGACGCCUCGCGUGCCAAACCCUCGGACAACUGCAUCGCCUCCGUGGAUCUGCAGGUGCCCGCCAAGGCAGAGGUGCUGCGGUUCCUGGACGCAGGGGGGGCUCGUCCCCCCCGAGAGGCGCUGGCUGUGCUGUACUUUGGGAAGCAGGCAGAGCCCAACAUCAGCGAGUUCGUGGUGGGGCCGCUGCCGACGCCCGCGUACCACCGGGACGUGACGGAGCGCAGGUACGGGGGGAAGCUGCCGUACCACCGCAGGCCUACGCUGGCUGUUGAAUACAAGCAGCUGGGAGAGUUUCUAAAGAGCCAAGUGUUCCCCUCAGCUCCAGCUUUCAUGCAACAAGUAAUGGAGUAUGAUGGAGCCAAUCUUGCAGCCGUCACAGCUGCUCCCCGUGGAUUCCAGUCUGGAGAUCGGGUCACCUGGUUCGUGCUGUUCCAGAACGUGAGCGGGUUCUUUGUGCACCCGGUGGGGCUGGAGGUGCUGGUGGAUCACAGCAGCCUGGACAUCUCGCAGUGGGCUGUGAGCAGGGUCUUCUACAACGGGCAGUACUACAGGGACAUGGCCCAGCUGGAGAGCGCCUACGUGCAGGGCAGGGUCAGCGUGGAGAAGGUGCGGAAGGCGCCGCGGGACGGGGACUUCUCGUCCAUGAAGCCCCGAGCGGCUGCGGCCGCGCCGUUCCCGGUGCAGUUUGAGCCGCAGGGUCCCCGCUACAGCGUCAGGAACAACCAGGUGCUGUUCCAGGGCUGGAGCUUUGCCUUUGGCGUGAGCGUGAGCACAGGCCUGCGGCUGUUUGACAUCCGGCACAGGGGGCAGAGGGUUGCCUACGAGCUCAGCGUGCAGGAGGCGCUGUCAGUGUACGGCUCCAACUGCCCGGGAGGGAUGUCCACGCGCUACAUGGACGGCAGCUUUGGCCUGGGCCGCUACAGCUCCCCGCUGGUGCCGGGGCUGGACUGCCCCUCCCUGGCCACCUACGUGGACACCCACUCUCUGUCUGACAGCCUGAGGCCCAGCAGGAGGAAGGCUUCCCUCUGCAUCUUUGAGCAGAACCUGGGCUCCCCUCUGCGGCGCCACUACUCCAACUUGCAGUCGCUCUACUACGGGGGGCUGGUGAACUCCGCUCUGGUCAUUCGCUCCAUCGCCACUGUGGGCAACUAUGACUAUGUGUGGGACUUCAUCUUCUACCAGAACGGGGCCAUUGAGGGCAAGGUGCAGGCCACGGGGUACCCGAGCUCGUCCUUUCUUCACGGGGAUGGCCUGAGAUACGGCAAUAGGCUCUGGGAGCACACCCUGGGUACCAUACACACCCAUUUUGUCAACUAUAAGGUGGACCUGGACGUGGGAGGUAGGUCUGAGUUUUCUUUUAAUGCCUGCCAUUGUUCUGAUAAACCCCAGGGCUUUGAAGUUUGCCUCCUUGUCCAUACAGUCUCUAAUAACUGACACCAGAACUCUGCUUCUUUAUUCUCCCAACCUCUUCUUUCAUUGCGAAGUUCUUUUUCAGUAUAUAAAACAGUCUGUCAAGGUCAUUGAGUGGAAAGCAGUGGGAAUUUCUGGGAGCCCUGUGUUCAGCUCAGGGAAAGUAUGAAAGGUAGCAGCUGAAAAAUGUUUGUGUUUCCUUGAGGCCUCACGUCUGGCACGGUGUGUGUUGCCACAGGCACAGGCGGGCAGACAGGGAGUUGGCCCCGUCUGAGCACAGACAGUGUGAGCCUGAUUUCCCAGCGCCUGGUGCUGGUCCUGGCACUGCUCCUCCCUUGGGAAAAUCCUCUUAGUCUCUCCCUGCCCCAUGUAAAGCAGGGCAGCUGUCCUGGUGCUCCGUGGGGCUGAUUUUCUGCAGCUCUCUCCCCUUCUUCUCUUGAGGAAACUCGUGAGCGCUGGAUCUGAAGCUGUGAAUCCACUCCAGCAACCCAGCAAGUUUCCCUGCCCCCAUGUGCAGUCACAGUCUGGCAGUGGAUGUGUGCACAGGGUUAUUGGGGCCCAGGAGCAGCCCCUUGCUGGCAGUGAAGUGCUGGCAGCCACCCUGGAAGUGCAGAGAUGCUCAGCCUCAGGGGCACCUUUGGGUCCCCCAGAAGGAGAUUGCAGCACCUGCAGUUUGGGGACAGUGGGGACACACACGGUGCCCAUUAUUGAAAACCACUUCUGUAAAAUGCAGAAGGAAAAUGUUUUACAUCUGCACAGCACCCAAGAGGUCGCUGGUGGGCAGUGGCUACAUGUGAAGCAGCCCAAAGGAAACACAGCCCAGGGAACCCGGCUGUCUCCUGGAUUGUGGAAAGUAAUCCAAGAGUUGUGUUGGUCAAGCUGCAGCUAAACCCAGAACAAGCAUUUGGUCCCAGCACUUGUCCUCCUGUGAUGCAGGGGUUUGUGUGGCCUUGAAAGGUGCUGCUGCUGUUAUGGUCAAAAUCAGGGUUGAUACCAGUUCCUUCCUGUAAGCAAGGAUUGAGAAUGUGCUAAAAUGCAAUUCCUGUGUGGGGGCAAGGUUGUUUUCUGUGACUUCAAUGCUGUCAGUGCCCCUCUCUGUUUAUAGAGCCUGAGCCCUGGCUGCUGUAAAAUGCUCUUGAGUAGAGUUGUGUAAAUCUCAGC